AUGCGCUAUUUUCUCUGUAUGGCAUUGACAUAUGCCUUUGAUUUGUCAUCGCUGGCUCCCCUUGGUGACUCACCCAACACCCGUCCCGUUGCGAACGUCCACGCACCGAUUAUGAAUCCAAUUAUAGAAGGGUAUGUCCCAAGGUUGGGAAAUGAGUGGUUCCAUCCGAGCGAUUACCGCCUAAAGCACCAAAAUUCUGUUGCUUGGCGUAGAUUGCAUCGCGGUGCUCGUGUGCUUGAAAGCAUUGCUGAGGAAUAUUGGUAA